UCUCCAUAUAGUGGCACUCCAUCUCCAAAAGUCUGAUAAUUAACCAAAAAAAAAAACAUUGGUGAAUUUGUGGGCUCGUAAACAAAACUUAGUCAAUAUGACAAUCGGCUUUUUUUAUUGAAUUCAAAUUUGGAAUUUCCAUUAUUUCCCAUUUAAAAGUGCACAUUAUUUAUAUUUUUUAAUUAAUAUACUCAAGAUGGUUGACAAACUCGUGAAAACUUCGACAGAUGUUGACAAGAAUGACAGAGUCCACGAGAUUCGCGAAUGCAUUCUAUAUUCCAACAAUGAGGAUGAGUAUUUAGAAGUUGUUGAAAAUAUUCCAUGUCCAGAAUUUCAAUUUUCGACGUUGACUUGUUACAUUUGCAAUGGAUACUAUGGUCCAUGUUUUGAGGAGCCAGUCUGUGCCACGUGUCAUGCAUUUUUAUUCCCUGACUGCAUUGGAGUUGCUGCUGUACCUAUAUUCAGUGAGAAAACAGAUGAUGAGGAUUCGGGCAAUGAUGAGCCGACAGACUUAUUCUAUAAUGCAGAACAUCGUUUAAGUCAGUCUAACAGACUUCGUUCUCCACGAUUAUUGUCACCUUCUCUCAAUGAUGACGCACAUCCUUUACAUCAAGAUCACCCUCUAGAUCCUCCGGAACGUCCGGAUGUACCUCAUAAUUCUCUCGAUCAUACUACCCCCCGAGAAGAGCAGAAUAAUCAACCUUUUCAAUGGAACUGUCGAGGCUACUGCAAUCUGAGACACAAAAAUGCUGGCGAGCCGUCGAGACCGAGGAGUCUUGUUGAGAGAGUGGAGAUGUUGGCGAACCAUCGCCAUAUAGAACAUGAGCCAAUUAACGAGCCAGGUUUAGUAGAACGUCUUCCCCCAGAAGUUCUCCUCGCGGUGUUUUCUCACCUUGACGACGUGAGUUUAUGGUCAGCAGCUAAUGUCUGUCGUCGAUGGUAUGGGCUCCUACUUACCCAUGUCCCCCAUCAGCAAUGGAAGCAACACGUCACACUUCGGUGGCCUCUAAACAAAGCCAUUGGACACGUGGAAAACUGGUAUAAAAUUUAUGAUCGUUUGGCUUCCUCUGCUCCGUGUAGAACUUGCUUAGCACAGAUGUGCCUCAAGUCGAGGCCUGCAGGAAUCCAAGAUACUUCAUGGAGGAGAAAUAGAUUGCGUAUGGAACUAAAAAGCCUAAGAAUUGAUCCUCCUGAGGGCAUUGAAGCUACUCCACUGGACAGCAUGCAUUGUCACUGGCAAGCAACUAUCACUGGGCCUAUCGGAAGCCCUUAUGAGGGAGGGCUGUUUUACUUGUAUCUUCAAGUUCCUCACAGUUAUCCAAUGUGCCCGCCAGUAGUUCGUUUUCUUACAAAAAUUCUGCAUCCAAAUGUAUCAAGACAUGGAGACGUUGGAAUCGACUCAAUUCAUCAUAAUUGGUCACUUGCCCUCACAAUUUCUAAAGUGUUGAUCAGUGUGCAGAGUUUAUUGACUGACCCCUUCUGUCAGGUCUGCAUGGAGCCGGAGAUUGGCGAGAUGUACACUAAUGAUCGUGAGAAGUUCGAGGAGAUUGCACGUUCCUGGACAUGGAAGUACGCAAUGCACGAUGUGGUCACACCUUCCUAGAUCAUAACGAGAUCGACGAAAGACAAACAACAUGCAACUGGAAAAAAACCUUGAGGAACUCGCUGAAAUGUGAAGUGGUGAAAAAAAAAGAAGGAAAGAGUAGUCUCUAUUAGCUUUUAUCCGGCUCACGGAUUUUCUCUAUUUUCUGCACUGAUGGUUGGAAUGGAGUGAGAGUCCUGUAUGGGGGGUCCACCACCGUCAUUUAUUCCCGGCCGGCAGUAUUCCGGUUUCCCGGUGGCCUCAGCCGACUUUCGAAAUUAUACAGUCAUUGCUACGCUUAACUGACGCCCUCCGGGUAAUCAUCAGACGGAAAUGUUCAUUUUUUUUAUUUUCUUCUCUGAGGCUGAAGCUAAGGGCCAGAGUAAGAGCAAGAACAUUAGCGGAUACUUGUGUACAGAAACUAAACAUUAAAACAUUUUAUUUGAAAAUAA